AUGCACCGCCCAGGCCGACGGCCUCGGCGUCUGGCAAGACGCCGCCGCUGCAGCGGUGGGGAGUUUGCCGCGCGCGCCGUCGGGUUCCACGGCCAAGCAGACACCACCUGUCAGCCUACCCCCCUUAUUGUGAGGAUGGAGCUUGUAGAGGUGUGCUGA